AUGAUUCAAAAUACCUCACAAUACAAUGUAAGCUCUGAGAACUUCUUCUUCACUCCUAUCGUAGGUGUUCGCCAGCUGAAGAUGAUAAUUGUCCAGAUAUUGGUUGGGAUUUUUCUCUGUGUGAACUGUUUCAUGCUCUUCACUUUUUUCAAAAAAGAGUUCUUUUGGACAACCACGCGCUACAUUCUGUUCGCACACACCUUAAUGAACGACUCAGUUCUUUUGGUUUUGACAGACUUUGUCACACUACAGUUCAGUUUCAACAUCCUGCUUCCUGUGGAAUUUUGUAUUGUACUCUGCAUGAUUAUGGAAGUUCUCUCCCGCACAACCCGGUUUGUCAUCACUGCGAUGUGUCUGGAGCGCUAUGUGGCCAUCUGCCUGCCACUGAGACACGUGGACAUUUCCACCCUGAGGAGGACACUGGCUGGAAUUCUCAUCGUUUGGGCUCUUAGUUCUGUCUAUGCCAUUAUUGAUCUCUUCGUUUUCAUCGCAACAGCACCUCCAAGUUAUUAUGCUGGAAAGACAUACUGCAGCUAUGAAAUAUUAUUACUGACAGAAUGGCACAAGUACAUGAGAAUCAUCCGUGCACAUCUGGAGUUUGUUGUAAUAGGAAUCAUCCUGGUAUUUUGUUACAUUAAAAUAACAAUAGCAGCAAGAGCUGCUUCAGGAGGUAAUAAGAAAUCCUCAUCCAAAGCUCAAAAGACUUUGCUUCUGCACACAAUGCAGUUGCUCCUCUGCCUAAUUGAGUUGUUGUGUCCCUUUGUAGAAAUAGUUGUUUUGGAGAUUGACGUUCAAAUUUAUGGAACUGUGAAAUACUUCAAUUUCAUUGUUUUUACAUUGGCUUCCAGAUGUGUAAGUCCACUUGUGUAUGGCUUAAGAGAUGAAAAGUUUUUUUGUAAUCUUAAAUAUUAUGCGUGUUUUAGAUUCAAUAAAGUAGUCUCCCUAUUUUGA